AUGGAUCUAUGUUCGAAGAACGCAACUUAUAUUGGUAUAUAUAUUGAUAGCAUUUUGAAGGACGGAAAAGAAGAACCGCUAGCAAUACAAAAUCUAAAGGAUUGCAUAGAAUUUUAUUCUAGUGCUUUAGAAGAUGUUCAAGAAGCCAUGAGAGAAUUUAGUAGUAAAUAUUAUGCUGAAGCUUUCAAUCACAUGAAUGGUGCCUGGAUAUGGGCAGAUACGUGUAAACAAGGAUUUAUAGAUCUUGAUGUUGAUUUUAGUCUAUUAAAGAAACAAGACAAUGAUUUCGUUCAGCUAAUUAUGAUUUCUACUAGUAUAAUUGCGAUAAUACGUGGUCCUAUAUUUCUCCAGUAG